AUGGAUAUAUGAGGGCCGGCCCGUCAUUAGUAUCAUGGCUGCGUCUUGGCUGCUUGCUUGGCAUGAUUAGCCUCUUCUUUCCCUUUUACUAGCUGCGACAAGCUGUUGCCAAGGCGGCGACAAGAUGGCUCACAACGGAGUAUACGAGAAUAGCGACAAGACAUCGUCGGGCAAGGUCGCGGAGCAUGCUACUGACGAGAAGCACCCCGACUUGGGGUUAAGGGUCGAUCCCGAGUCUCUGGAGGGAGAGACCGGACCCCUGGAGACGGCCGAGGAUAUCGUCACCCACGUCAUUGCCGUCGACGACGACCCGACCUUGAGCCCGUGGACCUUCCGCAUGUUCUUUGUCGGUGUGGGCCUCUCGGUCUUCGGCGGUGUCUUGCAGGAGAUCAUGUACUUCAAGCCGCAGGUCGUCUACGUGUCCGUCAUGUUCUUGACCGUCCUCGCCCAGGCUCUGGGUUCGGCCCUGUCCCAGUUCAUCCCGAGAAAAGGUGCCAUCGGCCGCUUCCUCAACCCGUUCCCUUGGAACCGCAAGGAGCACACUGCCGCCGUCCUCAUGGCCUCGGCGGCUUCGGUGUCGGCCCUUUCGACGGAAGCGCUCUCGGUGCAGGAGCUGUGGUACGGCGGGUACCCCAGCACCGCCGCCGGCGUCUUCAUCACCCUGUCCUCUCAGCUCAUCGGUUACGGUGUCGCUGGCAUGAUGCGCUCCGUCCUGCUGUACCCGACCAAGAUGUUGUACCCGGCCAACCUGCCCAUCACCACCGUCAUGGAGACCCUGCACAAGCCCAAGGCCGAGACGGCGAAGCGCUUCAAGGUCUUCUGGAUCAUAUUCGUCGCCAUCUUCUGCUGGGAGUGGCUCCCCGAGUACAUCUUCCCGAUCCUGUCCGCCGUGUCCAUCUUCUGCCUGGCCGACCAGAACAGCGGCGUCUUCACCAACCUCUUCGGCGGUUCGCAGGGUAACGAGGGCAUGGGCUUUCUCAACAUCUGUUUCGAUUGGAACUACAUCGCCGGCUUCGGCUCGCCGCUCUGGAUGCCCAUGGAUACCCUCACCAACAGCUUCAUCGGCUACCUCGGCGGCAUCAUCCUGUCCAUGGGUCUCUACUACAGCAACAUCUGGAGAGGCAUGGAUUUCCCCUUCAUGUCCCAGCUUCUGUACGACGGCAGCUCGAACUCGACCAAUUACGUGCCGUAUGACGAGAAGCUCAUCAUGAACCCGGACUUCACCAUCAACACUGACGCCGUCGACGCCGUCGGCGUCCCGUACCUGACCGCCACGUACGUCAACUAUCUCAUCACCACCAACGCCAGUCUCACCGCCACCCUGAUCCACAUGCUCCUCUGGAAUUACGACGACGUUAGCAAGGGCUGGAGCUGGAUCACUCUCGACAAGGUCAAGUCGCUGCUCAAGCCGUCCACGUACUGCUUCUGGAGGUCCACCGGGGCCCGGACUGAGGCGGAGAAGGAGGCGAUUCUCCAGGACCCGACCAUCGACCCCCAUUACCGCCUAAUGGUCAACUACCACGAGGUGCCCAGCAGCUGGUACUUUGUGGUCUUUAUCCUCAGCGUCAUCGUCGGUCUCGUCUGCCUCUACGUCAUGAAGUCGACCUUGCCCUGGUGGGGAUUCAUCAUCGGCAUCCUCUUCCUUAUCGUCUUCAUGAUCUUCUUCGGUGCCCAGUCCGCCAUCACGGGCUUUAUCGUCAACCUGCAGCCUGUCAUGCAGACGCUUGCGGGCUACAUGUUUCCGGGCAAGCCGUUGGCCAACAUGUACUUCACCACGUACACAUACAAUGGUAUCACGCAGGGUACCCUGCUGCUUCGUGACCUGAAGCUCGCCCAGCAGAACAAGCUAUCCCCCAGGGCCACCUUCACCACCCAGAUGGUCGGAUGCGUCAUCGGUGCGCUGCUCAACUAUGUGAUGAUGAUCAGCAUUGUCAAGAACCAGGCCCCCCUGCUCAAGUCCGCUGAGGGUAGCAACGUUUGGUCCGGCGCCCAGGUGCAGCAGUUCAACACCCUCGCCAUCGCGUGGGCCAUCGCCCCCAAGAUGUUUUCGAUCGGCGCCCGCUACCAGUGGGUCACGGCGGCGUACCUCGUCGGCUUCCUCGCCCCGCUGCCCUUCUACAUCAUGCACCGGUUCUUCCCGCAACAGCGGAUCUGGUCGUAUCUCAACACGGCCAUCAUCCUCUGGUACCUCGGCGAAUUGUUUGUCGGCCUCAACGCCUCCAUCACAAGCUAUUACAUCCUCGGCGCCUUCGGUCAGUUCUACCUCCGCCGCUACAGACCGCAGUGGUUCGUCAAGUGGAACUACCUGGUCUCGGCCGCCCUUGAUGGCGGCACCCAGGUCAUGAUCUUCAUUGCCACCUUCGCCGUCUUCGGCGGGUCCGGCAAAGCGGUGCCCUUUCCGGAGUGGGCUGGGAACCACCCGAACAACUUGGACUACUGCAAGUAUAACUCUAACUAGUUGGUCAUGGGAAUAGUGUCUCCCGUGUAGGUGGGGGGUCUUGUCACUCUUGUAUACCUCUACCUAUAUAUCAUAAUCAUGUGGCCCGGCACUGCACUGCACUCCGGGUAGGAAGCAGCCGAGUUGGUCGCGGUUACUAUAAGAUCAAUAAUAGUCGCACAGUAACAAGCAUCUGUCUCUGUGAAAUGCUCGUGAUCCUGCUAUCUGGCUUGUUGCCGUCAAUAUAGGCCCAUCCGUCCAAUACGGCGUGGUUAGGAACUUGGGACUUUGAAUAUCCUAGCAGUGCGCAAGGCACGGAAGACUUUACAUUCGAUUUGGCUUCGGACCACGGAACUGCAGCAAA